CUGCCCUGCCACACUAUAAAGCCAUCUUCAAACUUUCUCCGUCACAGCAAAAAUUGAGAGCAAGUUGAAACAAUCGAAGAAAUCUCCAGCAAUCCACACAGAAGGAGCAGCAGUUCAGCAUCUCUAAGCCAUUUGGAGUUCUCGAAUUUCGUUCUGCGACAACCGUAAAAAGGGAGCAGAGAAGGAACAGCAUAAUGGAUAUCAGGCUAAUGGGUUUGGACGGUCCUUUAAUCUCCACGCUGCAACACAUGCUCGACGGCUCCGAAGAGGCGGAGAAGUCCUCCAACGCUCCCACUCGAACUUACGUCCGAGACGCCAAGGCAAUGGCUUCCACCCCUGUUGACAUUAAGGAGUUUCCCAACUCAUACGUCUUCAUCAUCGACAUGCCUGGGCUCAAGUCCGGCGACAUCAAGGUUCAGGUGGAGGACGACAAUGUGCUACUCAUCAGCGGAGAGAGAAAACGAGAGGAGGAGAAAGAUGGGGCAAAGUAUGUUAUGAUGGAGCGCAGGGUGGGCAAGUUCAUGAGGAAGUUCGUACUCCCUGAGAAUGCCAACACAGAUGCCAUCUCCGCCAUCUGCCAGGACGGUGUGCUCACCGUCACCGUCCAGAAGCUGCCUCCACCGGAGCCGAAGAAGCCCAGGACCAUCGAAGUCAAGAUUGGCUGAGGCUUGCAUUUAUUGGGCUUCUUCUAUGUUAUCGUCCCUCAUCUUCCCGCAGGAUAGGAAGCAAGGUUGUGACGAGUAACAUGGGAUGGGAGACACAAUAAUCGUUAGCAGAUGGCUUGGGGUUUAGAGUAUCAGUGUUUGUGUGAGCUUUCUUUUUCUUGUUUGUGGUUUUCUCGGGGUUUAUGGUCGUCUUCCGAUGAAGAAGAUGACUGCCCUGUUUUAGUUAUUUCUUAUUGUCCAAUGAGACUGUAUUUACCCGUUAAA